AUGGGCAAAGCCAUGGUGGCACCAUCUCGAGGACACACUAUACCACGUCUAGAAUUGUACGCUGCAGUUCUGUCAGUGGAAAUAGCCGACUAUAUUCUUAAACAUCUGCAUGUGAAACUUGACAGAGUAAGGUUCUUCACGGACAGUAGAGUUGUACUUGGAUACAUAUGUAAUCGCACCAGACGAUUUUAUACAUAUAUCUCGAACAGAGUUGAAAGGAUUUUACGUUCAUCCCAACCCUCCCAAUGGUCCUAUGUUGAUACAAAUCAUAAUCCGGCAGAUGUCGGAACGCGAGGCGUGGCAGCAGAAAAGGUAUACGAAAGUCACUGCCUUAAAGGUCCCUCAGUUCGUAUCAUUGACUCUGACCCAUUGCCCACAAUGGAUUAUGCAAUGCAAAAUCCCGAUGAAGACAAAGAGGUACGGCCUGACGUUACAACCAUAAUGACCAAAACUUUGGUAGAGAAAGAUUCCUUGAUUUGGGAUCCCAUCGCUUUGAGAGAUUUUCCUCUUUCCCCAGGUUGGUGA